AACACUUUACAAAUAGUGGCAGCUCUAAAAUCAACCGGCUAGAAGCUUCGGCCACACUUACGACAUACAAGUUUGACACGCAGAAGAGUCAGAUUUCCACAUCAAUUUUUGCAUAACUUAUUGAGAAAAUGUUCGUUGUACGUCGUAGCGCAUCCCGUUUGUACCCAGCUGGAGUACAAUUGGCGAAAAUGAGCGGCAGCCAGGUCGGCGACUUGGGCAGCGGUGCCGGCAGGGGCGGUGGUGGCGGCGGCUCCAUUCGUGAGGCUGGUGGCGCCUUCGGCAAACUGGAAGCUGCACGCGAGGAGGAAUACUUCUACAAAAAGCAAAAGGAUCAGCUGGAGCGUUUGAAGAACGAUCAGAUCCAUCAGGCCGAAUUCCACCAUCAGCAGAUCAAGGAGCACGAGGAGGCCAUACAGCGCCACAAGCAAUUCCUCGAUAACUUGCACAAGUGAACGAAUCAACGAAGAACGCAGCAAAGCAACUUUCAGUUCUACUGAACCUAUGAUAUGACAUUUAC